GGUUUUUACAUUAAUUAUUAUGUUUCCCCAUCUUUGAGAUCUCAGUGGUUUAAAAGUCCCACGUUUUGAGUGAGUUCCACUGUUGUCUAAGAAAAGUUGUUUUAAACCUUUGCUCUGUAAGCACCAGAAGAGAACUCAUAAAAAGGAAGAGAGCAGCAGAUGCAAUCACGGAUGUGGCUUAGUCCCUGCAGCUGCCCCAGAGAGCUGUUCUGAGUAUACUAGUUUCAGCAAUGAAUCCAGAAGAGCGAAUCGUGACAUGGCUUAUAUCUUUGGGAGUUUUAGAUUCCCCCAAAAAGACCAUCUGUGAUCCGGAGGAGUUUUUGAAGUCCUCGCUGAAAAAUGGGGUAGUGCUGUGCAAACUGAUCAACAGACUUGUCCCUGGCUCCGUGGGAAAGUAUUGUCUGGAGCCCCAAACCGAAGCCCACUGCAUCAGCAACAUCAGCGACUUCCUGAAAGGAUGUGCAACCCUUCAAGUGGAGGGAUUUGAUCCUGAUGACCUCUAUUCAGGGGUCAAUUUCUCCAAGGUUCUGAGUACUCUCUUAGCUGUCAACAAAGCAACAGAAGAUCAGCUCUCAGAAAGACCAUGUGGACGUUCGUCUUCUCUUAGUGCGGUUAAUAGUUCUCAGACAAACCCACAGGGAGCAGUUUCUAGCACAGCUCCAGGGCCGCAAAGGCAGUCAAAGGCAGUGGAGAUGACGGAAAAUGGAAGUCACCAGUUGAUAGUAAAGGCAAGAUUCAACUUUAAGCAGACUAAUGAAGAUGAACUGUCAGUCUGUAAAGGGGACAUCAUUUAUGUCACUCGAGUUGAAGAAGGAGGCUGGUGGGAAGGCACAUUAAAUGGAAGAACAGGCUGGUUCCCUAGUAAUUAUGUCCGAGAAAUUAAGUCCAGUGAGAGACCUCUCUCCCCCAAGGCCGUCAAAGGAUUUGAAACAGCUCCACUUACCAAGAAUUAUUAUACUGUGGUGUUACAAAACAUCUUGGAUAAUGAAAAAGAAUAUGCUAAGGAACUUCAGUCUCUUCUUGUCACUUACUUAAGACCCCUGCAGUCCAAUAACAAUCUGAGUACUGUGGAGUUUACAUCUUUACUGGGAAACUUCGAGGAAGUAUGUACAUUUCAACAGACACUCUGCCAAGCCUUGGAAGAAUGUUCAAAGUAAGUGUGGCAUGUUUCUUAGCAUGGGCAGGGCCGUUGUCUGGGGAUUGUUUGCUUUUUAACCAUUGCCUUAGAUAAGAGCACUUGAUAUUUCUGCAUUU